CAGCAUCUUGAGGUUGGUGUUAAACUUCUCUGAGUGGAGCCCAUGACUUCUGAUCAGGACGCUAAAGUUGUGGCUGAACCGCAGACACAGAGAGUCCAGGAGGGCAAGGACAGCUCUCAUCUGAUGAAUGGUCCUAUAUCUCAAACCACUUCUCAGACAAGUUCCAUCCCAGCUUUGAGUCAGGUACCAACAACUAAGGUUUCAGAGCUAAACCCUAAUGCGAAAGUAUGGGGGACUCAUGUGUUACACCUCGAAGCCAGUAGCACAGCUGACCACGUGAGUGCGGCGUGGGAGGAGGCGUCCGGCCAUCAUGCAGACCACAGCCGGCAGGGAUCAGAAGCCAGUGGUGAUGGUGACAAGAGUCGUGAGAAUGCAGCACUACCAGACGUGCAGGAGCCAGACCAGGCAGACAUGAUCCAGCCUCUGGCUCUGGAUCACUCAGAAUAUGAAUCUCUGCCUGAAAAUAGUGAAACCG